GCACAGGGCCCAGGUGGAUUGGCCCUUCUGAGGAGCUGUAGGCCGAGCGCAGAGGAGGCCAUAGGCUGGGCCAGCAAGAUGGAGGCCGGAGUGAAGGAGUUCCUAGCCAAAGCCAAAGAAGACUUCCUCAAGAAAUGGGAGAACCCCUCCCAGAACACGGCCAGUUUGGAUCAGUUUGAUCGAAUCAAGACCCUGGGCACAGGCUCAUUUGGGAGGGUGAUGCUGGUGAAAGACAAAGAGACCGGGAAUCACUAUGCCAUGAAGAUCCUGGAUAAACAGAAGGUAGUGAAGCUCAAACAAAUUGAGCACACCCUCAAUGAAAAACGGAUACUCCAGGCCAUCAACUUUCCAUUACUCAUCAAACUGGAGUAUUCUUUCAAAGUAGGUGUCCUUGGCUUGCCAGUCCGACCCUG